CACCUGCACUUCGCGCUGUUUUUAGCAUCGAGGUAGAUAAGGACUUUUCGGAUCAAGAUCUCCGCAAUAUGAUAGGUUGGUUGCAUUCGCUCGGUCCGUAUGCUGGGCUUAUACUAGAUGCGGUCUAUAGGACUAGCUCAACGGGUUUUGUCCUUCAGGGCUCAUAUGCCGUUUACUCGAAACUCAAGGGCCUUCCUUCGGUUAAGCUCCUGUUCGAAUGCUCGGGGGGUAAUUGUCUUCCGUCGGUUCUUGCUGGCAGUCCUGAUGUCAGGUCGCCCCGUGGACCUUCCCGGGUCGAAUAAUUGGUAUAUACAGUAAAACCUGCCUAUAACGAAUCAUUUUUGCCAGG